AUGUACUCGGGAGCCGGCCCCGUGCUCGCGCCUCCGGCGCCGCCGCCGCCCCCGCUCCAGGGCUAUGCCUUCAAGCCGCCGCCCAGGCCCGACUUCGGGACCUCGGGGAGGACCAUCAAGCUGCAGGCCAACUUCUUCGAGAUGGACAUUCCGAAAAUCGACAUCUACCACUACGAGCUGGACAUCAAGCCGGAGAAGUGCCCGCGGAGAGUGAACAGGGAGAUCGUGGAGCACAUGGUGCAGCACUUUAAGACCCAGAUCUUCGGGGACCGGAAGCCCGUGUUCGACGGGAGGAAGAACCUCUACACGGCCAUGCCCCUGCCCAUCGGGCGGGAGAAGGUGGAGCUGGAGGUCACGCUGCCGGGCGAAGGGAAGGACCGCAUCUUCAAGGUGUCCAUCAAGUGGGUGUCCUGCGUGAGCCUGCAGGCCCUGCACGACGCGCUGUCUGGGCGGCUGCCCAGCGUCCCCUUCGAGACCAUCCAGGCCCUGGACGUGGUCAUGAGGCACCUGCCGUCCAUGAGGUACACGCCCGUGGGCCGCUCCUUCUUCACCGCCUCCGAGGGCUGCUCCAACCCGCUGGGCGGCGGCCGAGAGGUGUGGUUCGGCUUCCACCAGUCCGUGCGCCCCUCCCUCUGGAAGAUGAUGCUCAACAUCGACGUCUCGGCGACGGCGUUUUACAAGGCGCAGCCCGUCAUCGAGUUUGUCUGUGAAGUCCUGGAUUUUAAAAGUAUUGAAGAACAACAAAAACCUCUGACAGAUUCCCAAAGGGUCAAGUUUACCAAAGAAAUCAAAGGUCUGAAGGUGGAGAUCACUCACUGUGGGCAGAUGAAGAGGAAGUACCGCGUCUGCAACGUGACCCGGCGGCCGGCCAGCAACCAAACGUUCCCGCUGCAGCAGGAGAGCGGGCAGACGGUGGAGUGCACGGUGGCCCAGUACUUCAAGGACCGGCACAAGCUGGUGCUGCGCUACCCCCACCUCCCGUGUUUACAAGUCGGACAGGAGCAGAAACACACCUACCUUCCCCUCGAGGUCUGCAACAUUGUGGCGGGACAGAGAUGUAUAAAGAAGCUGACCGACAAUCAGACCUCAACCAUGAUCAGAGCGACGGCCAGGUCGGCGCCCGAUCGGCAGGAGGAGAUCAGCAAGCUGAUGAGGAGCGCGAGCUUCAACACCGACCCCUACGUCCGGGAGUUUGGGAUCAUGGUCAAGGAUGAGAUGACGGACGUGACCGGGCGGGUCUUGCAGCCGCCCUCCAUCCUCUACGGGGGCCGGAACAAGGCGAUCGCCACGCCGGUGCAGGGCGUGUGGGACAUGAGGAACAAGCAGUUCCACACCGGCAUCGAGAUCAAGGUGUGGGCCAUCGCCUGCUUCGCGCCCCAGCGCCAGUGCACCGAGGUCCACCUCAAGUCCUUCACGGAGCAGCUCAGGAAGAUCUCGCGGGACGCGGGCAUGCCCAUCCAGGGCCAGCCGUGCUUCUGCAAGUACGCCCAGGGCGCCGACAGCGUGGAGCCCAUGUUCCGGCACCUCAAGAACACCUACACCGGCCUGCAGCUGGUGGUGGUCAUCCUGCCGGGCAAGACCCCUGUCUACGCCGAGGUGAAGCGCGUGGGGGACACGGUGCUGGGCAUGGCCACCCAGUGCGUGCAGAUGAAGAACGUGCAGCGGACCACGCCGCAGACACUGUCCAACCUCUGCCUCAAGAUCAACGUGAAGCUGGGCGGCGUGAACAACAUCCUGCUGCCGCAGGGCAGGCCGCCCGUGUUCCAGCAGCCGGUCAUCUUCCUGGGGGCUGACGUCACGCACCCCCCGGCGGGGGACGGGAAGAAGCCGUCCAUCGCUGCCGUCGUGGGCAGCAUGGACGCCCACCCCAACCGCUACUGCGCCACGGUGCGGGUGCAGCAGCACCGCCAGGAGAUCAUCCAGGACCUGGCGGCCAUGGUGCGCGAGCUGCUCAUCCAGUUCUACAAGUCCACGCGCUUCAAGCCCACGCGCAUCAUCUUCUACCGCGACGGCGUGUCCGAGGGCCAGUUCCAGCAGGUGCUGCACCACGAGCUGCUGGCCAUCCGCGAGGCCUGCAUCAAGCUGGAGAAGGACUACCAGCCGGGCAUCACCUUCAUCGUGGUGCAGAAGCGGCACCACACGCGGCUCUUCUGCACCGACAAGAACGAGCGGGUCGGCAAGAGCGGGAACAUUCCAGCAGGCACUACCGUGGACACGAAGAUCACCCACCCGACCGAGUUUGACUUCUACCUGUGCAGCCACGCUGGCAUCCAGGGAACAAGCAGGCCUUCCCACUACCACGUGCUUUGGGAUGACAAUCGUUUCUCUUCCGACGAGCUGCAGAUCCUCACCUACCAGCUGUGUCACACCUACGUGCGCUGCACGCGCUCUGUGUCCAUCCCAGCGCCAGCGUACUACGCUCACCUGGUGGCCUUCCGGGCCAGGUACCACCUGGUGGACAAAGAACACGACAGUGCUGAAGGAAGCCAUGCCUCCGGGCAGAGUAACGGGCGGGACCACCAGGCGCUGGCCAAGGCAGUGCAGGUCCACCAGGACACGCUGCGCACCAUGUACUUUGCUUGA